GUACUAAUUUAACUUCUACAACCGGUAUUUGAAAUCCCCGGGAAAACCAAAGCUAGAGAAAAUAAGAAUGAUGGACCUGUUUUUCCCACAGGAUUUUCAGAGUGACAUGUUCUGGUCCGAGGCUUUUGAGGCUCCGCCGGUGAGCCGAAGCGCUUUUGUGGCGUACACAGAGAGCCCCAGAAUUGGAUUUGGGGCAGCGAAUUCAGGUAGUGGGCCGAAUCCCGGGAACGUGAACAAGAGAAUGAUGAAAUUCUUGACGAGGAGUUGGCAUCCGAGAAUUGAAAUCCAGGAGCACGAGAAAGAACGAGGUUUUCGGCACAUGAUGAACGAGCGGAUGAGGAGGGAGAAGCAAAGGCAAAGUUACAUGGCCCUGCAUUCCAUGUUGCCUUUUGGAACCAAGAGUGAUAAGAAAUCCAUUAUUCAAAUGGCGUCCAAGGAAAUUCAAGAGCUGAACGGGUUUGUGGAGGAGUUGAAAAGGAAAAACUUGGAGGUUGAAGCAAGUUUGGCGUCGGUGAAUGGGGACAGACCAGGGGUAGCCAAGAUUAGACUAAGUGUGCCCAAUCGUGCAUCUGGGAUUGAUUCUAUGGUGGAAGUUCUUAAAUGCGUAAAAACAUUGGGACUGGAAACCAGAACCAUCAGGUCGAAUUUCUCUGCUCAGGAGUUCUCAACUGAACUGGAGAUUGAAACCGAGAUGGGAGCUGCCGAGGCGGAAAAGGCUAUAAAGAGAGCACUACAUCUACAUGAAAUGGAGAGGAAACAACUGCACCAUUUCGACGAAGGUCGCAGAAGCUAAAGAAAAUAAAGGGCGUCAAAGAAUUCCACACGUUCCCCUCUCAAAAGACAAACAAAAAAAGUAACAAUUUAUAACCGUCGGAUGUAGGUCUUGUUAUAAUAUAUCAUAUGAUAUUAGUUAAAAAGUAUUAGGAGGAGCGUGACAGUUUGACGGUCAUUUGGCAGGUUAUUAUUGGCUUGAAAAUGUAGUAGCUGUUGAUUUUUAUGAGAUUUUGAAUUGACCAAGAA